CAUGGAUUCAGACAUUUUCAUUUUCUUUCCAGCCUUACUGACUCAGGACAUCAGGAUGCUUUUUCAAAGUGCUCAGAGUGGGAAGCCUUUGGUGAAAAAGAUGAAUUAAUGACAGUACAACCAAGUAUAGAAAUAACAAGUGACUCGAUUCCAGCCAGUUGUUCUUCAGGAUGGAACGAUCCAGAACAGAAGAAAUCCAGCUUCUUUCUGCCUGACAGCAAGUCUUGCAGGGAUGCAGACUUCAGGCUGGAGAGGCUUAAUCUUUGUGGCAGUUUAUUGGAUGGACAUCAGUCAGAAUACCCUGACAGAGGAUGGCAAAGUGCAAAUGCUGAAGAUGCAAUAGUGAGGAAAAAAAUCUAAAUACCAAGUCUCUCUUUGUAUAUAGAAGUAUUGAAGAAGGAAUUUCUCCUGUGACAGAAAAAGACUUGAAGAAUAGGGAUGUAGUCUGAGAUCAGCAGAUCAAGUCUUGGAAAACUGGUGCUGUCAUGUAGGAUCUGCACUGAAAGAGGAACAGAUUUACAGUCAGCAUAUGUGCAAUCAACAUAAGGUGAAAUUAUUCAGGUUUCUACAGAUCUUUAUAAGGAUAGAUUGUUUUCUGCAAACUGUGCCUCAAGUGUAAAACUCCAGAUUUUGUGAAGCCUGUGCUGCAAUGACAAUGGAUGUUCCUUAAAGCUUUUGUGAGGACAUUCCUGUUGUGCCUGUGUUGGCAGGUGACAUGUGCACUAUAUUCCAAGGGCUGCUUCAGGUGAUGGAUCCUGCCAUUCAGGAGGUCUUGUUCCUUAGGGUGUGCUGAUGUUUCACCAGUGAAUUGGUCCAGUAUCAAGUCAGACUGAAAAAUGCCAACCCCUCCAACCAAGGAACCUCCUCUGCUCCACUGGACCAGAACUGGGCAUCCAGCCUGAAGAACUGUUUCAAAAGAAUGUAGAUAAUUUCAGCCUUCCUCCAGUCAGUAAAGACAAGCUGUUCAUAACUUUUGGAUUGGGUGAUCACCAAUUUGGCCUAUUUAUUGUUCUCUGAGAUGUAUUAAGAUGGCAUUUGCCUAAGCCAGGUGAGAGAAGAGAAGGGAAAAGUGUAUGGUUUAUCAAAAUCAGAUCCUAUUCUUGAAGGGGUUGAGUGACUGUUAGAACAGCAGCACAGCUUAAAUACCUGGAUUUUGCUUUUAGGUGUGUUGCAGCCUGACCCAAAGAGCCAGUCUGCAGUUAAAGAGUAGGAGAGGAUACAGUGAGUGCCUGUUUUUCCUACAACUGUUGGGGAUAAAUAGCAGUAUUUGCAGGUGUGGAGCUGCUCUUGUCCAGGCUAAGGGUUGUGAUGGUGUUGGGGUUGGCUCUCCUUCUUUCAUUCUGCUAGCACUAUGUGCAGAAGUUUGAAGUGAGAGCUGUGGCUACAGUGGUUUGGACUAAAUUCAUGUGCCAGUUACAAGAAUUUUACAAUCCUUGUGUAGCAUGUACUGGGAUACCAGUGGCUGCUAGAGCUGGGAGUUGUCUCUGCAGGAGUUUGGUUUUGCUAUGGGGCUGGCAGUACCCAGGGCCAAGAGCCCAUUGUGCUGCUGAUUUUGAAGUAAGCUACUUCCUCAGAAACUACUGUCACUCCCAGAAUGUUAUUUCCAGGCUUGCUCAGGCAUUUUUCCCAACACAAGGAUGUAUCAGUCACACAUCACAGAGCACAGAUCAUGUGUGUACAAGGGACACAUCUGUACAGCACUUUUCUAAGAGGUAAUAUUUAGGACCUUGUUGUUCCAGUGUGCAUGUUUCCUUGUGAUUUAUGAUGCUUGUAAAUAAGGGAAUGUGUUACAUUUUUGGCAAUUUGCCUUUAUGCAGAAGAAUUAAAGACUUGAACUUCAAAAAUCCUUGUUAGUCUGCUUUUGCAGUUGUGUUGUCAGUUUGAUUAUAAAAGGAAUAUGUGGCUUCAGUAGUACUUUCUUGUUUGUUUUAGGGUGUUUACUUGGUUUGGGUGGUGAUUUUGGAUUUUUAGUCCUUGCUAAAAGGGGAAUAGAGGAGUCUUCAGAGAUUAAAAUUAGACUCUUGAAGGCAGUUUACAAUUCUGGUUUUGUCCAGCCCCUCAGUUUUAAGGCAUUGUAACUUAGUGGGAGGGAGCAGCUGAAUCCCAGCACCCAUUCUGCCAUGGAAAGGGGUCCUGCUGGAGAAGAAGGAGCUGCUAGGUGAGAGUAAUGGGCUGCUGAGAAAUACUAAAACUCAUUUUAAGUAUUUUAUGAGUAUUAAGUGCCCUUAAGCUUUUGCCUGUGAUGGACCGGGCCUGCAAUGGAUUUAGGGACACAUCCGUAGGAUUUUCCAAUUCAGCAGUCCUUAAAAGAUCUUUAUAUAUCUUGGCUGAAGAUGAGACUAGACAUAGCAUAACCAAUCUGCCUGUGGCAGUUAAAUUUUGGGCAGAUUUAUUCCCUAAUCCAGAUUCUGUGUGCUUGAACAAGCUGUGGUAGCACAAGGGAGGGAAUCAAACAGCAGAUGAAGUUUGACGUCUGCUAAAGUCAUUUAGCAGACCUCAUGGUGCUGCCAGUGGAUGUAGAAUCAUCCUGUGUUCUAAUUAGUAACCUGAUUAGUCUAAAUAGAGCACUCAAAACUGGAAUGCAGCCUGUCCAUGCACUUGUUUACCUACCCAAGGCUGUCUGACACAGAGCUUGCAAGUGAGGUAAGUGAAGCAGAAGUCUAGCACUCCACCCCCAGUUUUUCCUUUAAUUUUACCCAACUUAAUUAAAUCUCCUCUGCAUAAAUCUGUGCUCGGUUUAUAAUUAAACCAAAAUAUACCCUGAACUUCAGCAGACAAGUUUCAAUUUCUCCCUAGAAGUGACAAGUAUCUUCUCUUGGCAUGUUUCCACUGGGAGAGUCUCGUUAUAGAUGAUACAUUAUCUGUGUUUGUGGAAACCAUUCUUCACAGCCAGUUGUGAAAUGCCAGGGCUUGUGUGUACUUUAUUUUGUUUCUAAAACUCCUUUAAGGUCACAGCUGAGGAUAUCUCCUCCCCUUAAAUUCCCACCGUGGUGUGAAACAGCUUUUCUGAAGGAUUUUUGUUGCUGACAAGGACAGAAAGAUGCAGUGCAGCUGUAAUCCCUGAGCUGUGUCCCAGCAGAUAGUUCUGCUGGAUAAACUGAAUUUGAUUUUUAGAUAGUGCUGUGCUCAAAGUACAUUGUGGCUUCCAGGCUGCAGCUGUCCUCUGUCUGCCUUGCUUGGGUGUGUUCAGGUAAACAUGCUGGUCUAGCUUUUGUCAGAGCCAGGCUGAAGGGAGGGGAGUUUGUUUGUGCAUGUUUUGAACCUCUGCUGUACUUCAAGCAUGACCUUGGUUCAAGAACACAGUUCUGUUUUCCGUAGUAGUGUGUGGGAAAGGAGGGGUUCCAGCAGAGCAGACUUUUCUGCAGGAAUGUGGAUGUUCAGGCAGAUGCCACACAGAUGUGUGUUUGUACAAAAUUUACUAUAGUAAACCAGGCAACAGGAAUUGAAUUUUCAAAGUAAAAUCCCCUCAUGCGUAGCAAGGCUGAAAUGUAUCUUUAUUUAAAAAAAAAAAAAAUCAAAACCAAAUACCACCUGUUACUGUGUGCUCAGAAAGUUUCUCCAAAACCAUUGCUGCACUUCGAUAGUUGCUUUAAUGUUUUAAGCUGAUUAGAAAAACCCACCAAACAAAUUUUUGUUUGCUACUUCUGCGGUCUGUUUUACCAGAUGGAGACAUGGUUUAGCAAUGGACUUAGCAGUGCCUCGUUAACAAUGGUUGUACUUGAUGAUCCCACCUUAAUGAACCUGUUAUUGUAAGGCUUUUUCAACCUUAGUAAUCCAUUGUAAGGCCAGAAGAAAACCAUUUCUGAAGUGUCCCACCGGUCUUCAGGCUGCAAAUGUAUUAUUGUUUAAAGCUGUUUGUGUUCUGCUGGAGUUCUUCAGGUUGUUUCUAAAUUACUAUUCUAAAAUGAGUGUAUGCCCAGUAGUGGGACCAGCGGGAUCUCACUGUGCAUGUGUAAGUAAAAACCCCAGAAAGGUCCAUGGACCAAGUGACCACCUCGUGUCGUUACCCAACCUUCUUCACUAUUUUUAGGGAAUUUAAAGUCACAUCAUUGUGAAAUUUAUGUAGUGACUGUCUGGAGUGGGGUUUGAACUGCCACUUGAACUACCCUGUGCGCUUCAUCGACUGUACAGCUUUUCCGGGGACAGUCAUCCUUCAUAUUUAAAUCGCGGGAAUUUGUAUUUUUCUUUUUGUUUGGGCUGGAUUUUUCCCUGUUGUUUCCCUGUUGAGUCCCGCCGCCACCGCGCGCCAAAACCGCGCGCCGCCGCGCUCGAUUCUCCCGCCAACACGCCCCGGGGGCGGGGCCGGGCGGAGCGGGCUGAGCCAUUACCCUUCCGGGGGGGUGGGCGAUGUGUGUGAGCGUCUGGGGGCGCGGGGCGGCCGCUGUGCUUUGCCUCUCGCCCCCCCUCCCCCCCUCCGCACCUAUCCCGUGGAUGCGCCCCGCGGGGAGGCGGAGCGGGCGUGUCGCUCUGCGCCGGCGGGAGAUGCGAAGGGGCUGAGCGGGAAGGCGGCAGCGCUCCCUCGGCUCUGCCUCUCUGCCCGCCUCAGCUGUCCUCGCCUGCCAGUUCGUCACCGCCCGGCUCUCCUUCACCGACCUCCUCAGUUCCCCGCGCCCGGCUCUGCCUCCAGGCCUCCCUCCCGAGGAUACCCCGCGCCAUGUCCUUCCGCCAGAGGAGCCCGCAUGGCAGCACGAAGAGCAGCCCUCAGCACCCCCCGCGCUGGGCCCAGGCGCGGAAACGCGGCGCCGAUGGGAAGCGGCGGAGGCAGAACGAGCCCGAAUCCUCCGUGUUUGAGGAAAACGAGCCCAGGCCUGAGGACAGCCGGCUGGACAGUUUUACAACACCAGAAGGUCCUGGACCCCUUUCCAGAUGUUUAGACUGGGCAACUGCAGUGGAAGAAGAUGAAAUGAGGACCAAUGUUCACAAAGAAAUCGCAAGACACAGAAGAAAACUCCUGAUAAAUGAAUUUUCAAGAGAAAGGAAGUCCUCCUCGGGAAGUUCUGAUUCAAAGGAGUCCACGGUGACAGUAGAACUUGAGACAGAUGAGGUGGUUUUGAUGAGAAGACAAAAACAGAUAAACUAUGGAAAAAACACAAUUGCAUAUGAUAGAUACAUUAAAGAAGUUCCUAGAUGCCAUCGUAUACCAGGAGUUCAUCCCAGAACUCCAAACAAAUUUAAGAAGUACAGCCGUAGGUCUUGGGACCAGCAAAUCAAACUGUGGAAAGUUGCCCUGCAUUCCUGGGAUCCUCCAACUGAAGGAGGAUGUGACCUGCAGGAAAUUUGUCCUGUUGACCUUGGUGAGAUGGAGACAGAAUCUGUUGGAAGCAAUUCUACUGAAUCUCAAACGAGCUGUCAAGAAAAUGAUGAUACCUGUUCUGGCACUCCCACCAAAGUUAGACAUGUUGACUAUCAAGCAGAAGGAGAAUUUGACUUGGAAGUGUGUUUGAGUGAGCCACUGAAAGAAUUUGAUACUGUGAGUUAAAUAGUCUUGUGCAACCUGUUUUAGUGAAAGUUUCUUUUAAAUUUGAGAGGUUAGCUUGAUCCAUAACCUGUUAAUAGUAAGAAACCUUAAGCAAAGUUGAAGACUGUUCUCAAAGCUGUGAUUGGUCUAGGUAUUCUCCAGACCAAACUUAUAUAAAAUUGCAAUUAAGUUGUGUGACUUCUUGUUAACUUUUAAUUUGUGUAUAUCAGAUUUUUUUAUAAAACUUUUCAAUAGUAAAACUAGCCAAUGGCAGUGCUAUCCUCUAGUAAUUAUAAAUAGCACAGCAAGAUCUUACCAAUUUCCCCCACUCCCUCCCCCACUGUGAACACGAUUUCAGUUGUCCACCUGCAGAUCAAGAGCCAAGUUGGGGUUUUUUGUUUUUUUUUGUUUCCUUGCUUUUACAUAUGGCUCUUGUAACACUCCUGACCUGAAGAAAUGCACGUUUUAAUGUGCAUGUGGCUGAUUAGUACUAGCAAGCCCAUCUACUGCAGUUACUGUAAGUUUAACUACCUUACCUUAAAAAAAACACUUUCUUUUUUUGCAAAAAUAUUUCAGAAACAAUUGGAAGUUUGAUACCCUCAAGAAAUUGGAGGUCAACAUGGUAAAGUCUAUGCAAUAAUGUUGGCUUUUUUUAAGAAGUAGUAGCCUUAACUUGAAAUUUGUAAAUAGUCAUCAGUCAUUUAUUAAUGCAGUCAAGAAAACAAUGUCUAGAGAAAGUGCUUGAUUCUUUCAGUUUUCUGGUUUUAAAUGUAAAACUGUUGUAAAUGUUACCAACUGUACAGAUUUUCUGCUGAGAGCAGUUCGUGUUUCUAUUGCUUUUGCGUGGGAUGUUGCUGGAAAAUAAACAGAACUGCAUUUACUUUUA